AUUAAUGAUGAUUGGCCCAGAAGAAAGGCAGUAGGCAUGUCACAAAGAGAAGCUUCAGACAGAGUAAAGGAGGAUUUGAUUGAUAACGGUAGAACUGCUGAAACUAGGGACUGAUGGAAAAUUCCAAGACUGACAUGGAAUGAAAAUUUAAAGAAGGCAUUAGAUAAAUAAUUCGGCUGUAUCUUGCUUUUCCAUGAUGAAUUGUAGUCCUAAGUGUAUAUCUAUUUACGUUAGCUAGACAGGGAGAGCUAGAAACAGGCCUCCUUUUACAACCCUGGCCUGUGUUGUUGUUACUAGUAACCAGAGCAGCACUGAGGUUGAAAGGUGGAACCUCUUGUGAAGCUGCUUUGUUUCCUGGGGAGAGCUGUGCUUGGGAACACUGCCAGGGAAAAACGUUGCCAUGGAGAGUGCCUGAGUGAAUAAAGGAAAGCUGCCCUUGGGCAGGAACUAUAAUGUUCGCUUUCUACCUGCAUGAACGUGAAGUGCUGAGAUUUCUCGUCAGGUUGGAGAACAGUCUUCCAUCCCUUACCAUUUUAAAGAAGAUCCUUAAAGAAGAGGAGCACACUGUGUUGCCAUAAUGCAAAUCAAUAGCAACUAUUAGUGCAUAAAUGGACUGAGGGCAUGCUCAUCUGUGUUGCCCUUUUCAUCCCCAGACAUGAGCGACGGGCGGUUAUCUUUGGCUGAGAAGGCCAUGUCUGAAGGAUACGCUCGCCUGAGAUACAGGGAUACUUCGCUACUCGUUUGGCAACAGCAGCAACAGAAACUGGAGUCGAGUACCCCUGGUACUUACCUCAGCCGCAGUCAGAGCAUGUGGUACUCGCAACAUGGCAAUCAGUCCAUACUGGUACGUGACAAGAACACCCUCAGUAUUUCGAGAGACACCGGCCAAUCAAAAUUCUGCGUAGUAAUGUGACAAUGUAUUUUGCACACGUUAAAGGCACUUUAUACUGUAUUUUUUGCUUAGUGUCAAUAGUACUGCAUGUAGCAUUAUCACAUUCUUUUUUUUGUAUGAAAAUAGUAUUUAAAUUCUCUCCCAAAAAUAAUUUGGGAAUCAAUCAUUUUGAAUAACGUUUGAAUAAGCUACGCUUAUAUAAAAUGGACCUCAUGAACUGGUUUGUGAAAUCAGAAUGGAGAUUUUUGGGCAGAUUUAUGAAAGGUUUGAGGGGAAAUUAAAUUUUUUUUAACAUCCUAUUACAAAUGAAAAAAACAUGAGUUUUCUCUCUCUCUGUAUAUAUACAUCAUCCAUAUUUUUAUAUUUUAUCACUGGUGAAAAUACUUGAAUUGUCAGGAUAUUCGUUUUAUGAAUCAUACUUUCUCUUUUUUUCCUCUAGAGCGUAAAAAACGUUUACAGUUGUAAGAUUUUCCUAUCGACAAUAAUUGCGAUACACUUCCCACAUUGUGAAAACUUUUCACAUAUUUUUACUUAGUUUGGAGCAGACUUCUCAAAGCUAAAAAACACUUUCCGGUGAUAUAAUGUGUUAAUGCAGAGUUUAGGGCAGUGGCUGAUGGGGAAAUUUUUCGCCUGAAAAUGCACGACUGCAGGUGACAAAUCGCAUGUAAAUGACUGAAAUCACUGGCGGUAAAACCAUAUGCAUCACUUUAUUCUUCCAAAGUCACCAGAAACUUAGGGUGUUUUUGAGAUAUGUAGGUUUUAAUGCCAGCGAUUUCAGUUCUUUCCAAUGGAGAUGCAUUUUGGGGAGAUUUUCCGCCCACAGUUGAGCAUUAAUAAUAACGGGCAGCAAAUCUCCCUAUCGACCACUGCCCUUAGUCAGCUGGAAAUAGAACAGCUUUUUGGGUUUUCUCACUCAGUGGGCAAAAAAGAAAAAUAGGAAAGAAUUAGUCAAAGGU